ACCUCUAAAUAUCUGCGCUUCCGAGAUAUUGUUCAAUUAUAAAGAAGAAGAGACAUAACAAAAGUAUUUUUGCAUUCUACGCCUUAAGUGAUCAAAUAAGUUUGGGAACGACUAAUAAUGCUGACGUUUCUAGAUGUUUGACUAAUCCAAGCGAAACCACCAAUGUAUGUAAAUGUGAAACGGGCGUUAACAAAGUCGCUGCAGUGUCACUCAGAACAAGGAAUUUAUCGCAUGGGAUAAAACAGCUGUAGAAGAUGGAUCCGCAGAAGAUCACAGAGCUGGCCAGCCUGCUCCGCCAGAACGGCGACAAAAUAUUGAGCUCCGAGUUUACCUUGACGUUAUCAGGUUCCCUCUUGAGGGCGCUGAACGACUCCUUCACCCUGAUCGCGGAUAUUGAGAUUGGUUCCUGCGCGGGGUCCCACCAGCAUCAGUCCUUCCAGGUGGUCAAGCCCAUCAACGCAAAGUCCAGUGUCUUUCCCGACCUGCAGUUAGUCCACGACUUUGUGCAAAAGACUUCGCUGCUGAGGCUGACCUACUUCCCCAGUGAGCUCUAUUUCGAGGGCGCCAUCGACAUCGCGAAGUUCCGAGCAUUGCGGCGGCUCGAGGUAAACAAAAUCAACAUCGGCCAGGUGGUGGGAAUCCUACCACUGCGCGCUCAGCUGCAGCACCUGAUCUGCGUGAGGAGCCUGACUAGCGUGGACGACAUUAUCAUACGCUGCGGCGGUGACAACUCCAACGGCUUUGUGUGGAACGAACUGCAGACUGCCGACUUUAGCUACAAUAGUUUGCGCAGCGUGGACUCCGCCCUGGAGUUUGCCCAGCACCUUCAACAUUUAAAUCUACGGCACAACAAACUUACCAGCGUUGCCUCCAUCAAAUGGCUACCGCACCUGAAAACUCUGGACCUGAGCUACAACUGCCUCACGCACCUUCCGCAGUUUCACAUGGAGGCCUGUAAGCGGCUGCAGUUGCUCAACAUUAGCAACAAUUACGUAGAGGAGCUACUGGACGUGGCAAAGCUGGAUGCUUUGAGCAACUUGGAUCUGUCAGAUAACUGCUUGUUGGAGCAUUCGCAACUCCUCCCCCUAAGUGCCUUGCUUACCCUGACCGUAUUGAACCUGCAGGGCAAUCCGCUUGCCUGCAAUCCGAAACAUCGGCUGGCGACAGCGCAGUAUCUGAGCAAGAUCGCGGCGUCGGGGAAGUUUGUUUUGGACUUUGAGCCACUUUCUAAGGCGGAGAAGGUGCUGACGGGCACCCAGAAGUGGCGUUACAUAGGCUCGCUUAACCACCGCCAACACAGAAGUAGGUCUGUGUCCAUUAAUGGCUCUAGUGCUUCCAUAAAUACCAGCGAUGGCUCCCAGUUUUCCAGCUUUGGCUCCCAACGUUCGAUGACAGUCAAGGGAAAGGAUUACCCAGUGGAAGCAGAACCGCCGAUGGCAGUAGACGCCUCGCAAUCUAGCAAAAGGAUACCAUCGAAAAAGAUCCGCACAGUGGAUAUAGAGGAGAAUGUUGAGAGUGAGCCGGAAACAGCCUCAGUUUCUUCUCAAAAACCCCAAUCCGACUCCGAAGAGGGAACCGAUUCUUCCCACCUUGAGACCAAAAAGCAAAUCGAGACACUUCGUCUUACUUAUGGCAAUGAAUGGUUAAAGACCGGCAAUGCUGAGCUGAUGCUAGGGGUCGAAUCGCCGCAACCAACUGAACGUGAACGCAACGAGGCUCGUCAGCUGUUCAAGGAGUUCUUAGGGGAAUUCUCAGGGUCAUCAAAAGCGAGACUUGUUCCUCAAGCAGAUUCUGAGUAUAUCAGCAUUAGCUCCACUCCCACGAACAACGUUUUGUUAAAUACCACCUUUGAUACCAUGCUGACCCCUAUCAAGUUGGAUGCGAACGAUACUAGUGGGCAAACUCUUUAUGAGACCUGCACUGAAGGGGAAGUAACAAAAUACGAGAGCAUUAACAAUACCGGGAAAAUGUCGGCUGAGCAACAGUUACCCGAUAAGCACGAGGAGUUUUUGAGACUCUAUGCAAAUAGCUCCAGUGCUAGUCAGAUUGAGGACCAGGUAUCCGAUGCCGAGUCUGACGAGGAAACCUACAUAGUUUAUCAUGAACAUAAGCCGAGCGAAGCGUUGUUUCUCACCAUAUCAUCGAAUUUCUUACGCGAAAAAGACACGCUAACCGAAAGGACCAAAACCAAAUGGAGUCUAAAAAUUCUGGAGUCAUGCGAGCGUGUCAAGUCCAAUACCUUGCGAAUUAUUUUUGACACGAUUCGAAAGGAUAAACAGGAGCGUAUAUAUUGUGUGGAGAAUACAUUGUGCCAGGAACUGGAAAAGAAACUGCGAGACAUUCUCUCUCAGCGUGAUUUAACCGAAAUGAAUAUUUCCAUCUAUCGCUGUGUAAAUUGUCUAACUCAAUUUACUAUUGAGCAAAAAAGCAAGCGAUAUGGAACAAAAGACCUGCGUUGUCCAGACUGUCGCAGUGUCUAUGUGGCUGAAGUGACGGAAUUGUCCUCAUCUUUGACCAAACCUUCUGGAAACGAUGCGGCAGAGCCCAAACUUUCCCCCGCCAUGAUUGUUGAGGAAAUCUCUGUAGAGACAACUAUUGGGACGGCAAUAAAGGAAGAGAGCAACAGCAUUGUGGCCAACUACAGGCUUACAACUGCUAAAGGCACACCCAAGCGUAGGAGUUUGAUGCAAGCCACAAAAAGUUCCGCCAAUUCGCUAAACGAGAGCAGUUCUUGCUCAAAAAUUACAAACUCGCAGAGCUCUUUCGACUCUAAUCAAUCCGUGGUGGGUAGCUCUAACACGGAUCGUGAUUUAGAGUUUCGGGCGAACGAAAGUGAUGUGGACAUCAUCUCCAAUCCGAGCCAGUCAAGCAUAGAGGUCCUUGAUCAGAACUACGUGCAGAGCGCCAGUCGUAAGACUUCAGAAGAGCGCCGCAUAUCCCAGCUGCCGAAUCUGGACACGAUACGCGAUGACAUAGUGAAAUCUAAAAGCUUCAUCGAAAGAGAGUUGCAACCGCCUCAGGCGGAGCAGGCCCAGGACGUAGCUCUUUCAGCUCCCUCAAGAGCUGUGUCCCAAGUUCCGCUUACAGAGAGCAGCUCGUCAGGAUCUGUAACCGACAGCAUUUGUACAACCUACGAGCAUCCGGGCAUCGAUGCACCUCAUAAUCUUUUAAGUUCUCUGCUUACUGAAUCGGCAAAUAGCCAACUAAGUAGCACAGAUGCGGACUUAAAUAGCAAUUUGAAAAGAGCCGAGGAAGUCAGCCUUCUACCGUUCGCAUCGGUAUUUCAAUCAACUAACCUGCUCAUGUCCAGUUCAAAGAAGCUAUUGGAGUCGGAAUGUAGCGUCUUGGGUACCCAGCCCUACAAGUUUAACUACAGCGACUUUAAUGAUAUUGAUCAUCGUAUAAAGCUCCACUUAUACCAGGAAAAGUUUAAAGAGGAUGGUGAGCAUUUUAAGUGGUUGGCAAAGGGACGCGUAUAUAACGAGCAGACCCAUGUCUUGUUUGAAGGACUCGUGGUGAUGUCCAACUGCAAGUGCUAUCUAAUGGAGUCGUUUGCAUUACCGCAAGACGAUGUCGCCAAGUGGCUGCGGCAGGUCGCACGUGUGUCGGUUGAUCGAUUAGUAGCGAUUCAGCUGCUGCCCUGGAAACUUGGAUUGUCCUUCGCCUUAAGGGAUUGCGUCGGAUUUAUGUUGAUGUUGCACGAUACACUGAGGACCGACAGCUUACUUCAUUACUUGCGACGUAAUCCUCUGCCAGAGCAGUGCGAACUGAUUUACCAACCAUCCAUCACCCUCAGCAAUCAGUUGCAGACUAUUGCAUCCGAACCCGUUAGGAUGUGCUCCCUCCUUCCCAGCUGCCAGCGGAUUUUUGAGCAAGAAAAGAACACCUUUGAACCCUGUCUGCUCCUAAUCACGGAGUCACAUUUGUAUAUAUCAGGAAAUGGCAAAUUCCCAUGGCUAUCAAACAAAAUGCCGGAUAAAUCAAUACACCCAGAACUAAGUCUCAGCCAGACCUUAAGCAAUUUGGUAGGCGUGGAACGCGUCACAGAUCAAAAUUAUGAGAUCAACUUCAUCGACGAGACCCAAAACAAGUGCGAGAUAUGGCAGUUGCUGUUCGAAACGCACACCAACGCCGCUUGUUGCCUGAAUGUGAUCGGAAAAGGAUGGGAACAGCUUUUUGGAGUGCCAUUCAGUCUCUCUUGAACGUAGUACAUCUCUAUGCUGAGGGGUCGAGUAGUGACUACACUACAGAUCGAAAGUUAGCCCGUUCUAAUUAUUGUGAAAAGUUUAGAAUUGUUGAUCUUUAUUUACUAUGUUAUUUAAUGUCAGAUAAGUUGUAUUAAUUAACCCUGUGUAAAUGUAGCGAAGGCGUAGACUAGGUCAUUCAAUUUAUAAAAGAUGGUGCUUACCCACGAAAUAAAUGUAUAUAUCUAUAAAUGUAAA